AAGGCAUCCUGACCUUUUACCGCCACACCGACGGUCGGUCACCGGGACCGUCAUGUGUUCACGGCAGCGCGUGUGAGUCUCAGCCCCGCUGCUCAGUGAGUCGGCUGUCACAGAUUACCGGACCCGUUAACCGGUUAGAGGAGGUGCUAGCAGGUUAGCUAGCGGUCCGAGCGGCGGAGUUAGCAUCUAGCAGCUAACAGAAGAUGGAGGAGUUUCUGUCGGGCUGCCGACGGGCCGUGAAGGUGAACGCAGACCAGGCGGGUCCAGGGUUCCACGUGGUUCUGGGGAACGAAGCCUGCGACGUGGACUCCAUGGUGUGUGCGCUGACCUACGCCUACUUCCUGUCCAAGACUGCACAGGGUGAGAUGCUCGCUCUCCCUCUGCUGAACAUCCGUCAGUCAGAGCUGCUGCUGCGUUCGGAUAACGUCUUCCUGCUGCGGCAGGUCGCUUUGUCUCCAGAUCUUCUGCUGUUCAGGGACCAGCUGGACCUGCGAGCGCUGCAGCGAGCCGGCCGCCUGCGGCUGACGCUGGUCGACCACAACAUCCUGCCCAGUUCAGACAGCGACCUGGAGGGGGCGGUGGUGGAAGUGAUCGACCAUCACCUGCUGGAGAGAGAGCCCUCCUCCUCCUGUACUGUUACCGUGGAGACGGUCGGAUCCUGCGCCACUUUGGUGACCGAACGCAUCAUCCAGAAAGCUCCGGAAAUCCUGGACCAGCAGGUCGCUCAGCUGCUCUACGCGGCGGUGGUGUUGGACUGCGUGAACAUGGCGCCCUCUGCAGGCAAAGUGACUCCUAAAGACAGCCAGUUCGCUGCAGCGUUGGAGAUCCGCUUCCCCUCCCUGCCACCGAGGGGCGCUCUCUUCCAGACGCUGCACAACGCCAAGUUUGACGUCUCAGGUCUGAACACAGAACAGAUGUUGUUGAAGGACAUGAAAGCUGCUUCAGGAAGUUUGAAUCUGGCUGUCUCUGUUCUCUACAUCAAACUGGAGGACUUCCUGCAGAGGGUGGAGUUGGAGGCGGAGCUCUCUGAUUUCUGUCUGAAGUUCGGCUUCGACCUGCUGCUGCUGAUGACCAUCUCCUUCACUGAGAGCAAAGAGCCAAUGAGAGAGCUCGCCGUGUUCAGCCACAGCGCCACCUGCAGGGAAGAGAUGAGCCUCUACCUGGAACAGGCCCGUAACCCCGCCCUCAACCUCUGUCCAAUCAGCAGCCCCCAUGCUCACAUCACAGCCUAUCAGCAAGGAAACAGUCUGGCGUCCCGUAAGAAGCUCCUCCCCAUCGUUAAGGACUUCCUGAAGGGGCAGGACGGAGAUGGUCGCCCGGGAGACGUGGAGGAGGACGAGUCUCGGGUGCCUCCGACCCCGAUGAACAGCCUGGUGGAGGGCUGUCCGCUGGACGCCGGCCUGCCGCACAUCAGCGCUCAGGACCUGGAGGAGAAGUUCAGCAAGAUGGCGGAUAGGCGAGGGAACUGACCUCUGACCUCCGCAGACGUUCACCUUUAAACACGUUCAAAUAAAAGUUGCAGCUUCACGCCUG